ACUUAAAAAAUGUGGUUAUGGUUUUUUUUUUUUCCUUUUUUUUUUUGCGGGAGGUUUAUAUGGUUGUGUUUGGCAGGCAUGAAAUUGGAUAAAUGUAAUUAAGAAAGUUAAACUAUUUUUUUUUUUUUUAUCAAUUUCAGCAAUUCUAAUUUAAUAACGCAGAAGCUAUAAGUUUUUUUAUUUUUAGUUCUAACAAAACAGUACCAAAGGCAUUUAUUUUAUAUUUCUACCGUCUCGUUAAUUAAUUGUGUAAAAUUUGUAAAGGAGAACUAUUUUAAAAUUUUAUAAUGGAGUAAUGGACACGUCAAUUUAUUUCAACUAACCGGAUUAUUGUGUUACUUGAUUAUUGUGUAUUAAUUUUAAUGUUUUUUCUGGAUUCUGGGAAAGAAAAUAUUCAAUUGUUUUUAUUUCGGAUUUAUACUGCUGCAGGUUGAAUUUCGUUUUUUUUUUUUUUCCUUAAAAAAAGUUUUUCUUCACACGAAUCAGACUUCGCCCAUAAUAAAUAAUAAUAAUAAUAAUAAUAAUUUCAUUCGACCCGACCCCGUGUCUUUAAAUUUGGGCGAUAUUAUAUCUUAUCUUCAGCGAAUUCAAAUUUCACUUUCCCGGCAAGGCCCUCCUCUCCGCUACCCUCUUUCACACACACACACACACACACACACACUACACCAUGGAAGACGAAUCGCUUCAGCAGCAAAGCUUUUUCCGUCACAACCACUCCGAAGAAACCGUAAAAUUUUCCAUUCGAGGCAUGGAAUCGGUUGUCGCCACAGUCAGUGGGUACCACGGAUCGGACCGUUUCAAGAUCAUCAAGCUCAUAUCUCAAACUGGUGCGAGUUUUGUUGGAUCGAUGAAUCGAUCCACGACACAUUUGGUGUGUUGGAAACUUGAAGGAAGGAAAUAUGACCUUGCUAAGAAGCUUAACACUUUGAUAGUUAAUCAUCGUUGGGUUGAAGAAUGCAUAAAGCAAAGAAGACGUGUUCCGGAACAUCCCUAUAUAUUGCAGAGCGGGCAAGAGGUGGGGCCCUUAUCAUUGGAAGUCUCGCCUGUUGCUGGGAAGAUGGGUGUCUUGCUUUCUACCCAAUCCAAUUCACUUAUUGACUCUAAAGAACCGGCUAUUAAUAUCAGAUGUGAAGGAACUAAUGAUGUAGUCUUGACUGAUUGUUUUCUGUUGGAUGAGAACUUGUUUUCUGAAUUAGGAACAAGCAAAAAUAGGUCUCAUAAAUCAAAGAAGAAAACAAUGAAAAACAAAUUGAGACAGGAUCGUUAUUCUGGCAACAGAUAUUGUUUUCAGGAGCCACCUGUAUCCAGUUCUGAUAGAAUGGAGUAUGAAGAUUCAAGUUCUCCUUCCUCUGUGGAAGUGGUGAGACAGAAAAGAAGAAGCACUACUUCAACUGAACCUUCUCGCAAGUGUCGUAGGCUGAUGAAAAAGAGUUUUAGUAGUGACAUGUCACAGUUUCUUUGCGUGGAUUCUGAGGAAGAGAGCUACCCAGUUCGUGAUCACCACCAACCUAAUGACAUGACGGCUCCAUCUUUCCAUUUUGAUUGUGGGAGGAAUGAAAACAUAUUGAGAAUUAGAACAUCUGAUGGUGGGUUUUAUGAUGACGACGGAGGAAAUAGAAAUGAAAAUUUGGAAGAUUUUGAAGAGAUUGGACAUACGAAUGAUCUUGCUUUUGAAGAUUCAAAUUUGCGUAGUAAGGCUACACCAUCUUCUUUAGGAGCUCCAUUAAAUCAGUGUUUUGAUGUUGAUGAGAACAUAAAAGAGGCCGAACAUAGCACUAGAUUGCCUUCAUCUACAGAGUUAUCAUGUGUUAUUUGUUGGACAGACUUUAGUUCAACCAGGGGGGUUUUGCCAUGUGGACAUCGCUUCUGUUUUUCAUGCAUUCAGAGCUGGGCUGACCAUAUGGCUUCUAUGCGGAAGAUUUUGACAUGCCCUUUAUGCAAGGCUAAAUUUGGAAGCAUCACAAAGGUGGAUGAUGUGGGUUCUUCUGAUCAAAAAAUAUACUCGCAAACUAUUCCAUAUGACCCUUCAACAACAAAUAUAGUCAUUCUUCCUGAUGGAGAAAUGCCCACUUUUGGAGCCCAGACCUCAGUUGGACCAAUUUGUUGUGAAUGCUUUUGUCGAGAACCGGAAGAUCUUCUCAUUAGAUGUCUUCUCUGCCAGAUACGAUGCGUUCAUUCCUACUGCCUGGACCCUCCCUUGUUUCCAUGGACUUGCAUUCACUGCAAGGAUCUGCAAAUGCUAUACCAUGACUUUCGUUAGCAUGCUUCAACAUAAUAGAUGUAUUGUAUCUCAUAAGGUACAAAUCAUCUAACACUAUUAUUCUGUACAAGCAUUUCUGUUCAAACCAAAUACCGACCGUGAACUCAGUUCUGAUACUGAUAUACAAACUUUAUUAAUUGAGAGUGCUUUCA